UGUCUUUGAUGUUCUCAGGGUUGUGCUUUGCAUGAUGCCAUAAAAAGGAUUUCGGACAUCGCCCCCAAUACUAGGACAAUUUCUUUAUUGAAUUCAAUACUAAGUUACUGUCAUUUGCAGCUGCAUGAUGUUCACGUGCUCUUGCAAUGUCCUGGUUCAAAUGGUUUGAUCUCAUGCUCAUUGUAUGCAAAAGAAGUUGGAGCAGGAUCAGUUUUGAACAGAAGUUUUCUCAGAGGGUUCAUGAGUUCACUUUUUGUGCCUUCUGUAGAGAAUUCAUUCAAUUUGUCUAUUGAUGGUUUUGAGAUUAGAGUGAACAAUGGAAACCGCACAAACUGUGCUUUACCUUCAACCAAUUUGCAUGCUUUAAUUUAUUUGAAGUGCCUCCAGUUUGUAAGCUUUAAAUUUUGUGUGCCAUCUUUAGAACUUUUUUUUUCUUCAGGUGAUAUUUCUGUCAUGCUAGUUUUUUAUACAUUCUUGUCCAAAGAGUCAAAACGUGCAAGACCUGGUUUGCAACUAUGGAAUAUAGCUUCAAGCAAAAUUAGAUCUUUGCUUCCAACUUCUGCCUCGUCAUUGCUAAAAGCAACUAAAGUUGCUUGUUUAUGGUUGCGCUACGUACACACUUAUCAGGGUAUGCUUCAACUAGUUGGAUAUCCCAUGGUGGGUGUCAUGAAAAAAUCAACCAUCUCAAUGUCCCGGGACAAAAAAUAUACAAGAUCUGUAAAGUUCCAGUGGAAACUGAUUUCUGAAAUUGAGAAAGAGCUGCCCACUGAGGUAAUUGCAUUGGCAAGGCGAAUGGUUCGUUCUACAGUAGCUUCUCACCAUUCUGGGGCAAACUGCAGUUCUAAAGAGUCCUUAAUCAAUAUAAUUUUCUUGAAGUUGCAUCAAUUACUUGUCCUUAUCUGGGCCACUAUAUGCAGUUUGUUGAAUAUUGUUACAAGGAAUCUUUCUUUGCAUAGAGUUUGGCCUAAUCAUCCGAAGACUAGUCAACAUUUUGGCUCUUCUUGCGAAGAUUCACUCACACAAUGUUAUAUGGAUCUUAACAUCGGAGAAAUUUCAAUAUCCGUUACUCCAGAAAAUGAUGAUCAGCAUACUACCAGCUGGAAGGCAGUCUCAGAUAUUGGGUUUUCGUACCAAGAUUUACUAUCAUUUCAUCUUUCUAUUGAUGCGUGCUUCUUAGGAUACAUAGAAAAUGUCUCAGAGAAGUGUUUUGUUUUCGCAUGUGGUUGCUGGAAGGUUCUUUCUUUCUCUAUUCUAAAGGGAAGUCCAAAGAGUUAUUCAAAGUACUUAAAAGGACGUGGCACGAAGAAAGGUAAUGAUCAGCAGACUGUCAUAUGGGGUGAGCCUGCCAAAAUGAUAUGCCCUUCUGAAGUUACUGGAGAUAACCUCACCAAUGAUAUUGGAGCAACUUCAAUCUCAUAUCUAGACCUCCUUCUAGGAAAAUUAUGGUUGAAUUGGAAAGACUCUUGUUCAAAAUCUGAAGCAUAUAUCAUCUCAAAGUUGCAAAGUCCGUGGAUUCUUUGUGAGGUAAGGAGCUCUUUGACAGAUGACAGCCUCAGUGAUCUUAGUUAUGGGUUUUGGAACUGUGUUAUGGUGGUAGGAAGAUUAAACGUCAAACUAGAAUACUUGUUGGUAGCUUCAAUUGCUGUGCUUCUCAGUCAAAUACAACAUUCUCUUGGCUGGGAUGAUUGCAGGAGGAAUUUUGUUUCUCAUACACCAACAGCUAUCACUGAGGAUCCACCAAGGGAUUUCAGUUGUAGAUACAGUUCAUACUAUGACAACAUUGAGACGACAAUUAUGAGAAUGCUACCACAAAAGCAUGUUCAAAUCGGAGUACUAAUUGCUGGUCCUCAUGUGCAACUAUCUCUGACACAGGAUCAGUUUUAUGUAGAAAAUGAAGAGCCACACCAUCUGAUUAAACAGGCCACUUUGAAUCUCCAUGAUAUUGAACUUGUGUUUUCACCAAAUUUGGAUUCUAAUCUUGCAUCAUCUGGUGCGUGCUCAGCAGGUAAUGAUAGGGAACCGGAUUACACUAUACUGAAGGUACCUAAUGAUAUUGACAUCACUGGAUCAGUUAAUGAAAUUUACAGCUGUCAAAGACGUAUUUUAUACAACGCUCACCUUAAAUUUAAUGGUUUGAAUGCUUACUUUGAGGAAUCCUCUGAAAGUCAGAAUUACCACAUCUUUGAAUUAAGCCCAACAACUAUUCAACUUCAAGGUUUAAGGAAGGAGCAUCAUUCAUUUGGUUCAACAAUGAUUGCUCUCUCUGCUGCCUCACAUUGGAUGGCUACUGGAUUCACUACUUUGAUAUAUAUGGAUGAGUUGUAUAUUUUGACAAAGGUGAUUUUUGGAUUAUAUUAUGAUCUGUCACGUGCCUUUGCUAUGCUUGCGUCCAGUGAUGACCUAAGCCAUCAAGAAGCAUCAAGACAAGAGACAUUUUAUGCUGAUUCUGGGAGUGAGGAAACAUUCAUGGCUAGAGGAGGACCGACAUCACUGAUUAUUACCCAUGUCCAAAUGUCUGUCAAUAACACCUGUGAGCUUAAGUCCUUCGACAUAGUUAUUCAUAACUCCAGGCAAUGCUAUAGCAUGGAGAAUAGCUCCAGAGUAACUGGAACAAAGUUGGCCAUGCGUGAAAUGCCCGGUCAUGGAAUUUACAUAUCUGGUCCGAAGUUAUUCAUGGAUGUAUCUUUUAGAAGAGGAAACAUGGAUAUUAUAAUUGAUUUAUCUGGAUUUCGAUCUAUCAUUUUCAGAUAUCCUGCUGAGUUUGAAGAAAGCCUGCAUAAAUCUGAAAUCAACAAUCUGUUACGCUCUCUAAAUUUCUUAAUUGAAGCAUCAAUUUCUCAUAUCAAAUUGUGUUUCUUCUUGAGAACCCUUAAAAAAGACUUGCCACGUGCAAGUUUGAGCACAGCAAUGGAUGAACCUACUUCUAACAGUAAUGCUUUGUGCAUGGCGGAGCAUUCUCCUAUGGUUACGAGUACGAAUGCUGAACUUGGAGAUCAUCCUGUACUUGCAACUAUUGCUCUCUCUGAAAUUUAUGUGUCUAGCUGCCCAGUAAAGGAUAUAUUGGCUAGAGAACACGUGCCAAAUAAACUGAGCGCAUCUUUCUCUGUUGGAGAAGAAUUCCAGACAAUCUCUUGUGAUUCCUUGGGUGGUUUUUUGUUACUUGAAGCCACAUCUGCAACUAUGUUUGCUGGAUGCUGUAAAUCGUACUACAACCGAAUUUUAGAUCUUUGGCAUUCUGGUUCAUCUCCAGGAAGGGUGGUUCCACAGUACAGUGAGGAUAAGACUGUUUUAGAUGUGCGCUCGAGUUUGAAUUCACAGCAACUUCAGCAUGUAACACAGGAUCAUUUGCAAGAAUUUUCCUUGAAUAUUUCACAUUUGUUUCUCAUAUUUGUGUCCAAUGAUGAAUCUGGCAGACUUCAAGAACUUCUGCUUGAGGUUGACUUUCAUUUGAACCACAAAGUAUUGAGCACGGUGAAAAAAGUUUCACUUGGUAUAUCCAAAUUUUCUAUGCUUUCUCAGUACAUACAUGUGACGGGACAGAAACCCAGGGAUAUUCAAAUUCACGGCUUUUCUUCUGGUGCGCUUGAUGAUCCAUCUCCCAACUUGAUAUCCGAUGGUUUACCAGUGCUUGAGCAGAAAGUUACAGUUCACUCUGCCCUUGCUGAUGCAGGUUACUCGAGCCCUUCUUCCUCUCAGAAUGACAUUCGUAUUGGUAGUUCUGGGGGAUCAGUUAUUAGUCACUCUGAACAAAAAAAUGUGCAUUUGAGUUCUCAAAACUACAUACUGAAAGAAUUUAAGUCCUUCCUAGCAGCUGAGUGGCCUGUAUCGGGAGAUCAAUUCUGUCCUAAUAAACUUUGGGUUGGGAGUGGUUUUAUAUCGGGUUUUGAUUUGACCAUCUCUCUGACUGAAAUAAAGAUCCUAAUUUCUGCUUUCAAAUGUUUCUCUGAGGUUUUUAUCAGAGAGAAAACUUCCAAAAUGGAACAGAGGCACUGGUCUAGUGACCAAGAUUCUGAAGGAAGUGCUGAAGAAAUGGUUGCUGAUGGAACAAUUGUUGCAAUCCAAGAUGUUGACCAACACAUGUAUAUUGCAGUUGAAGAUGUUGAAAGUAGAUACGGUAUAAUUGGUGCGACUCAUUAUUCGCUAGUGGGAGAGAGAUCUCUUUUCAGAGUGAAGUAUUAUAAUGCAAGGCGAUGGAAGUCACAAGUUCAGUAUUUUUCAUUGAUUUCAUUAUAUGCUAAAGAUAAUUCUGGGGAAUCAUUGCGAUUGAAUUGCCGUCCAAGACAGGGUCUUGUUGACAUCUCCUGUUCUAAUGAUAGUGGGUGUGCACUUUGGGCAGCACUUCCUGAUAGACCUGACCACUAUGGGGAUGAUGUCGAGCUGGAGUCUUUUCAUCCUCUGGUUAGACGUACAUUUCACCUUGUGAACAAAAAAAAUGAUUAUGCUGUGGCUUUUAUUGAUGGUGUCCUUGAAUUUGUCAGCAAGCCAGGAAAUUUGUUUAAGUGGAAAGUGUUUCAUGACCCUUCUCCAGCAAGUAAUAGUUUGUUGCCAAUUCGAUAUUUAGGGACCGGAUCUGGAACUAAUCUACAGUAUGAUUCAAAUGCAAACAGCACUAAAGAGUUGAGGGAAAAUGGGAACCUUUCUGGUAUUACAAUUACAAUAGACAAGGUUACUCUGACCAUUCUUCACGAGCUUUCAGAUACAGAGGGGAAGUUACCGCUCCUCCAGGGAUCAAUCACUUCUUCUGAAGCCAUUUUGCAGAUCUCAAACACAAAAGUGAGGGUCGUGAACACAGUAGAAGUACUGUUGUAUUACUUUGAUGCCCAGCGGAGCUCAUGGAGGGAGUUUCUUCAUCCACUUGAAAUCUGCAGUUUCUACACUUCAAAGUUUCUUAUUCAGGGAUCAGACAAUGUUUUGCAAAGAGUGCAAAGUCAUUUCUACGCUAGAAUUAAAGAGGCGAUUGUAUCAAUGAACGAGCUUUCAUUGGACAUCAUUCUGUUUGUGAUUGGAAAAUUGAAUUUGGCUGGUCCUUAUGCCGUUAGGAGCUCUGUAGUUUUGGCCAACUGUUGCAAGGUUGAAAACCAGUCAGGUUUAACCCUACUUUGCCAGUUUUAUGACAAUCAAGAGGUGUCAGUAUCUUCAAGACAGUCAACAACAAUUUUUUUAAGGCACUUAGCUUUGGCAAAUCAACAUCCAGAAGCAUCUUUGUUCUCAGUACAGCUUUCACAGCGAGGCUUCCUUUCAACUUCUCCAAUCCACCUUUCACUUUUAGAAGCUCAAAAAUUUGCUUGGAGAACACGUAUUGUGUCAUCACAAGAUUCAAAGUCUUUCCCCGGUCCAUUUAUUGUGGUUGAAAUUUCAAGGGGAAUUGAGGAUGGCUUGUCAAUUUCUGUCUCUCCUCUAUUAAAAGUACACAAUGAUACUGAUUUCUCUUUGGAGCUGCGUUUUCAAAGGCCUCAGCAUGAGGAAACUGACUCUGCUACUCUGGUGCUAAAAGCUGGAGAUGUGCUUGAUGAUUCCAUGGCAGCAUUUGGUGCCACUGAUUUGUCUGGUGGAUUGAGAAAGGCAUUGACAUCUUUGAGUGUUGGAAAUUUCGUAUUCUCUUUUAGACCUGAUAUUGCCACUAGCAUGAAAAAUUUUAAGAAUGAAACAGUGGAAUGGUCAGAUGAACUUAAGGGUGGAAAACCUGUAAGUCUAUCUGGGAUAUUUGAUAAAUUGAGUUACCGGGUGAGGAAGGCAUUUUCUGUGGAGUCGGAGAAAUCUUCCCUGAGCACUGCACAUUGUGCUCUCAAAUCCGAAGGAGGUCAUAUUUCUGAGAUACAUUUUCUUAUACAAAGCAUCAGGAAGGAUGUACCUGUUAUGCAUCUAGAUAACUUUGGAUAUGCUUCUGCAAAUAAAAAUCUUCCAGUUGCCCUGCAAGAACAGAAGGAAAUUUUUCUUCUUCCUACCAUUAAGGUCUUCAAUUUAUUAUACACCGAAAUACAUGUGAAUUUGACUGAUGGAGAUCCACUUGCUACCAUGGACCAUGGCGACUUGUGGAGUUGCUCAACUGUUCCUGGUGGAUCAACUGUUAACUUAUAUGCUAACCCGGCCACUAUAUACUUCACUGUCACUUUAACAUCCUUUGGUUCAAGUUGCAAACCAGUCAAUAGUAAAGACUGGGCGAGGAAAUUACAGAAGCAAAAAAGUGAUGUCUACCAUUUGGACAUUGAGUUGGACUUUGGUGGUGGGAAGUAUUUUGCUAUUUUGAGAUUGUCUCGUGGGCAUAGAGGCGUAUUAGAGGCUGCUAUCUUUACUACAUAUGCAGUGGAAAAUGGCACAGAUACACCUUUGUUUUGCUUUUCUGCUAAUCAGAAGCUUCUGGUUAGGUAUGAAGAAGAGAUGGCCUCCAAUAUACCUCCCGAACUGGGGUCGUAUUUGCCCCCAAAAUCAAUCAAAUCAUGGUUCAUGAAGCGCCACCAAGUGUGCCUCAAAUUGUUAGAAGAGAGAGCAUCAGAGGCACAAUUGGACUUGGAUGCUUUAUCUGGACUUACAGAGAUUGACCUAGAAGUAGAAGAAAAUAUUGGGUUGAAAAAUAUUAUGCGGUUGGGGGUGUCUUUAAGGCCAUCUGUUUCCAAAGUAGUCUCAACACAGUUGGUGUCAUUGAACCCACGAUAUGUCGUAUCAAAUGAAUCAGAAGAAGNAAUCACCAUUCGGCAAUGUUAUUUGGAGGAUGAUAUGGAAGGGUUAAUUGCUCUCAACAGCAAAGAGAGGAUAGCAUUAAGGUUAAAGAGUGGGUCAGGAAGGAAGAGAGAAACCAAUGUUAUUAAUAGCCUUCUCAGAAAACAUACAAAAUCUCGAGAUGAUACGUUGCUUUUCAUUCAGUUCCGACUUACUGAAGCUGGAUUAGGUUGGUCUGGGCCAGUAUGCGUGGCUUCAUUUGGACGUUUUUUUCUGAAAUUUAGACGAUCCUUAGAAUGUUCAGAAGGGCGAUCAGAGACAUCCAAACAAAAUUUAUUUGAAUUUGCAGUUGUUAAUGUGGUAGAGGGAGGGCCUAGCAUCAUUUUACACUUCCACAGGUCUCCAACAACUGACCUCCCUUAUCGGAUUGAGAACUAUCUACGUGAUGCUCCUAUAACUUACUAUCAGAAGGGUUCAUCAGAACCAGAGAUUUUGGGAGCUGGACACUCUGUCAAUUAUGUCUGGGAUGACUCGACUCUUCCUCAUAAGCUAGUUGUUCAAGUUGAUGACAAAGUUAACAGGAGUAAACUUCGUUUUUGUCACUGGAAAGUAACUGAUGUUGAAGCUAUAUUUCUGAGUUUGAUGGAUAACUAUAGUGAUGAUCAUUUUGAGCACUUUAACAACUCACUCAUGCAAUUGCUUCUUAGGGCGAAUGUGCUAAUUGGCUUCUACAGGCUUAAGCACUGCCCUUCUAUUGCAACCCUAGUUUUUUUUAUCGAGUCUUCAUUGUUGGAGUUUUUCUGGGAUGUAGCUAUAGAGUUGAAGGUAGAAAGAAAGAAAGAAAAUGGGAGAGCUAGCGGAAAUUGGGUUAAGAAAGAAUAUUUGCACAUGUUGUGUGAAAUCAACUUAGAUAAGGUGCGUGCAUGGAAGCCACUUUAUCAGACCAAGCAGAACCGAGGUUUGGGAUUUCAUUUACCUGUGGAAAAGAAGCCUGAAGAUCAGAAAAGGACUACAUACAGUAAAUUAAUUGGCACGGAGACUGCGAAGUUGGGUUAUGAAGUAUAUGCAGAUGGUGUCACACGAGUUUUGAGAAUUUGUGAGUUCUCUGAUAGUCACAGGGUGGAUGCUGUGUUCCACACUGGCACAAAGAUGAGUGGGUUAUUCCUUGAACUGUGUAUUAUUGUGCUGCAUUUGAGGUCAUGGAAAUUUACUGGCUCAAUACAGGAUAAAAUACAUCAUCUGAUUUGUGAUAUUCUGAAGGAGAUGGAUCUGGCGUAUACCGCCCCCCCACCCCAACAGGUUCCUGCCAUUAAAAGAACGACUGUUGAGCUUAAUGGGGUCCUUGUCACACAUGCUUUGAUAACCUUACGCGAAUUAACUAUAAAAUGUGCACAGCAUUAUUCAUGGUAUGCCAUGAGAGCUAUAUAUAUUGCAAAGGGAAGCCCAUUGCUUCCACCGUCUUUUACUUCUAUAUUCGAUGAUCUAGCAUCAUCUUCUCUUGAUGUUUUUUUUGAUCCCUCGAGUGGCUUGCCCAAUCUUCCUGGUGUUACCAUAGGUACACUCAAGCUCAUCAGUAAAUUCGUGAACGACAAAGAUUUUUCUGGAACAAAGCGAUAUUUUGGUGACCUUGGAAAAACUUUGAAAAUGGCGGGAUCCAAUAUAUUAUUUGCUGCAGUAACUGAAAUAUCAGACUCUGUUCUUAAGGGGGCAGAGACGAAUGGUUUCCAUGGAAUGGCGACUGGUUUCCGCCAUGGAAUUCUUAAGUUGGCAAUGGAGCCGUCACUACUAGGUAGUGCUUUCAUGGAAGGUGGUCCAGAUCGGAAAAUUAAGCUCGACUGCAGUCCUGGGGUUGAUGAGUUAUACAUUGAGGGAUACCUGCAAGCUAUGUUAGAUACAAUGUAUAAACAAGAAUACCUAAGGGUGAGAGUCAUUGAAAACCAGGUAGUUCUGAAGAACCUGCCUCCAAAUAGUGCUCUUAUAGAAGAGAUAACAGAACGUGUAAAGAGUUUUCUUGUAAGUAAAGGGUUGUUGAAGGGAGAGUCUUCAAAAGCUUCGCAUUCUCUGCGAUAUAUGCGAGGCGAAAAUGAAUGGAGAAUCGGUCCGACGGUGCUGACCUUGUGUGAGCAUCUAUUUGUCAGUUACGCAAUUCGUAUGUUAAGAAAGCAAGCUGGUAAGGUCAUUGCUAACAUAAAAUGGAAGGAAAAUUUGAAGCCUGAUGACUCGAAAGCUGUUGUCCUGGCAUCCAGUGGUGAGGAACCGGAACCAGAACCAGAGCCGAAGGUUAAGAUCGUAUGGAAAUGGGGAAUUGGGAAGUUUGUGUUGUCCGGUAUUGUCGCAUAUAUUGAUGGACGUUUGUGUCGCAAUAUACCGAAUCCCAUAGCAAGAAGGAUCGUUAGCGGAUUUUUGUUAAGUUUUCUUGAUAAAAAUGAUGAAUAGCAGUAGUAAUUAUUUUUAUUCAGUCUCUUGUUUGCUAUCGAAAGCUGGUGUAAAUUUUGUACAAGUUCAUGUAAAUCAAUAUAUGCCCAUGUUUGAGCCACA